UUUACUGGCCUCGUACUUAUCGGUCAAAACCACACUUUCUCUCUGAUUUCUUUGAUUUGACAUUCUUUUUUCAAAUUUUCCCCAUUCGCAAGUAUGUCAUCUUCCUCUGUUUUGAUUUUACCCUCGCCCUCACCCUCACCCUCACCCUCACCCCGUUUCUUCUUCCUCAUAUUUUCCAAUUAAAAAAAUCCGAAAAAUCUCUCUUUUUUUUUUUAAAAUUAUAUUUUAUCGGGCUGGGGAGAAAAAAUUGAUUUCUCUGUUUUGUCGAAAAUGAGGUGGGAAAAGGUUGAGGGGAAGGCGAUGGGCACAGAGGGUGGUGGAGGUGGAAUUGAGGUGUAUGGGCCAGGGAAAAGGUGGGGUCACACCUGCAACGCCGUCAAAGGUGGGAGACUUGUCUAUGUCUUCGGUGGAUACGGCAAAGAUAACUGUCAGACCAACCAAGUUCAUGUCUUUGACACUGUGAAGCAGACUUGGAGCCAACCCAUUGUGAAAGGCUCCCCACCUACUCCUAGAGACAGCCACACUUGCACAGCCAUUGGUGAUAAUCUGUUUGUGUUUGGGGGUACGGAUGGGAUGAACCCUCUCAAGGAUUUGCACAUAUUGGACACUUCAUUGCAUACAUGGGUUUCUCCCACCAUAAGAGGAGAAGGGCCACCGGCACGUGAGGGUCAUAGUGCAGCAGUUGUUGGAAAACGCCUAUUCAUCUUUGGUGGUUGUGGAAAAUCUGCAGAUAGUAAUAAUGAGGUCUACUACAAUGAUCUUUACAUACUAAAUACAGAGACGUUUGUCUGGAAGUGUGCUACUACAUCAGGCACUCCACCUUCUCCUCGUGAUAGCCACUCUUGUUCAUCUUGGAAAAAUAAAAUUAUUGUAAUAGGAGGUGAAGAUGGACAUGAUUAUUACUUGUCCGAUGUCCAUAUCCUUGAUACUGAUACUUUAAUCUGGAGAGAGCUGAGUACAUCAGGCCAAUUGUUGCCUCCUCGAGCUGGUCAUUCAACUGUUUCUUUUGGCAAGAACUUGUUCAUUUUUGGGGGAUUUACAGAUGCACAAAAUCUCUAUAAUGACCUUUAUAUGCUUGAUAUUGACACCGGCGCUUGGACAAAUGUUACAUCUUCAACAAAUGGUCCGUCUGCUAGAUUUUCAGUGGCUGGUGACUGUUUAGACCCUUUUAAGGGGGGAGUUCUUGUGUUCAUAGGUGGUUGUAAUAAAAGUCUUGAGGCCCUGGAUGAUAUGUAUUACCUAUAUACAGGGAUUGCUCGGGAAAGUGAACAGAGACCAGAGAAGUUAUCUUUAAGGAAGCAAUUGAAAUUGAAGUGCCAAGAACAAAAUCCCAAUCCUAGCCAAAAUCAAGUUCUAGCAAGAUAUGGUGUUGGUUCUGAUAUGGGCCAGAUCAUGUCAGUGUUGAACUAUAGCCAGCAAAGUAGGCUAAAUAUCCCAGUAAACCAAUCCCUACCUCCUGGAAAGAAAAUGUUUGAAGCCAAGGUCACUGAAAACAUCUCAGAAGGAUAUACUAUUGAAACUGUUAUUGAUGGAAAGCCUCUUCGUGGAAUACUGUUUUUAAACAAGCCAAAUUCUCUGUACUCUUCUGCCCAUACUCCCAGUAGCAGGAAAAGGACUCUUAGUGAGAUUGAUAGUGUUGUCUUGAAUGGUAUACACUCUAACCAAUUAAAGACUCCUAAAGUACUCAAGCAAAAUCAAAUGGAAAACCAAGAAGCAUUUUGUGGAGACAGUUCAGAAUCUCAUGAACACCGCACUGAAUCCAUUGCAGUGGUAAUGUCAAGUAACCCAGUGACUGCCGAUGCUUCUGAUACCCAUAAGGUUUCUGCCAACCAAGAACCAGAAGCUGCUGCUUUGAAUCAAAAUGACGAAAAACAUGAAACACCCAUAUCCUUAAGUGAAAACUUGAAAAAAGAUGGUGCAAAUGAUGUGAUAUGUUCCAGAGAUGAGGUGCAAACAAAUGAUCAAACAAAUGUGCCAAUUUCCAACUUUGAACUUACAAGACAUGAUACAAAAUUUGAUGCUCCAAAUUACAACGCUGAAUUUCAGAAACCUGCUGCAUCUGAGAGUGUUUUGUGCCUGUCAAAUCAAGGGUUGAACAUUUGCUUACAUAAUCAAAGGCUUUAAAGACUAGACCAACUCAUGAACCAACUAUCACUGAAUCAUAAGUUGUUACGUGAAGGCAUAUUUUCAGAGGUAGGGUUUCAAACUGGCUUGGAUAGGGAACAAACAUUUCCAGCUUGAAUCCGGAGACCCCUGAGGGUCUGUUUUUACUUUAGCAAAGAAGGAAGUGUGUGGAUUUGUGCUAAUCGUGAGCAUUUGGAACUGGUGAUUUGCAGUGAUUUCGUAAGAAUGUUUAGUGGGCUUCACGGUCUAAAUCAUCAUGUUAUUUUGGUGCAGUGGUGGAUUCCACAACUCCAACAACAGAAUGCAGCGAAGCAGCAACAUUAAUUUGAACACAUAAGAUAAUGGCUGGUGAUAAUUUUGUCUGCUAGGGAUUUGUACAUUCCUCUUCUCAAGGUGAUCGUAGAGGUCAAUAUAACUGACUGGUGAAAUAGGCUAACAUGUUCCACUGGUGCUCAUUGACAUCCUUUGGUCUGAACUUUUAAUUGAACAAACCUUUAUUACUUUUAGGUUUAGGUAGUCAUAGAAGCAGUUCUGUUUUACUGAGUUUCGUCAUGCCUGCCUUCAUUUAUUGCAUGGAAAGAAAAUUUUGUUUCAUUGGUGCCUGGGCAUCAAUAUUAUUUCCAAAUGCAGCUUUACCUAUUAAAUUGCAAAUCUCGAGAGUUACUCUAUUGUUCUUUCUUCAUCUUGUAGGACUCUUUCUUUUAUCAUAUUUUUCUGAAGUUGAAUUGAGACAUUCGUGUCUCUGAGGUGUAAUAAGCACCGUUAUUUGUUGCUAAUCUGGCGUCCUGUCCUUGUUGACCAAGUUUACUGCACUGAAGCAGCAAGUGGCAUAGAUGAGGAUUUACUGGGUAGAUUAAAAGUGGGAAAACGGAAAACAGAACUCAGUAUGAAAUUGGAAAGAAAAGGAUGAAUUAUCUUGAUGCUCAGUUUUAGCAAAAUUCCAACCACACCAUUAUCCUUAAAAGAAUGUUCAUGAACAUUUAUCCUCUUCAUUAAUAUUCCUCAAUUCCUCUA